AUGAACGUCGAGGAUGAUUCAACUUCGAUCCCUUCCAAACGAUCCUCUCCCGAUCUGUUCUUCCCAGUAUCUGACUCGGAAGAAGAGGAAGAUGUCAUUACGGCUUCAGGAGCUCUAGCUGGACCUUCUUCCUCUGCUAUCAAUCCUCCUUCGACUGCUACCUCCUCAAGAGCGAACGGUCAGAGUGGUCAUAGCAACCGAUCCAAGCAGUCUCAAGAGGUGUUCGGCUCGCAGAACAGUGACGAUAUUAUUGCGUUAGAUGAUAUCAAACCUUCCAAUGGGGCAGGCCCGUCCAAGUUCAAGAGGACCUUUUCUGCCUCCCCGCCUAUAGCAGGCUCUUCCAUACCGAAUGGGUUUGAACAAGGUUAUUUGGGUGAAUUCGUGUGUGAAGGAUGGAGUUUAUCGAAAGGGAAAGGAUAUUGUUCACCAGGCAGUAAAGUAAUCUUUGAACGACCUAAACCCAAAGCUCAAGUGGAAGAAAGCAGGAAUAGUAUCAGGGAUACAAAGGGUCCAGCAAGGUUGGUCAAUGGGAAAGUAGUUGGUGCGAAAGGUAAGAGUAUAGGCGGGAAGCAGGUGACGCUAGGAUCAAUGAUGAGUAAAAAGACUACUCCAGUUCCACCGAAGAAAUCGAAUACAAAGCCUGUGGUAGAUUCGAUCAUUAGGUUCAGGAAUGAUAGGGGAUUUGUCGGAAGGUUAUCGGUUCAGGAAGCGGGGUUCCUAACUCAUCUUCUCGAUACUGGCGUUAUCGAGCUCUCAGGACAUGUCAUCGAUUGUCCACAAAGUCUCUCAACUGGAAGUACCAUUCUUCUCAACGUCAAGGUAUUCCUCGCUCGCAAAGCGUUCGAAAAUGUGGAGAAGAAGGACGAACGGAAGGAAGAGGGUACAUUCUGGCAGGAGCAGAAGGAGACUACAGAGGAAGAAGCUAUGAGGAAACGGAAAGAUGCUUUAGGCGCUUUAUUCAGUCGCAUCGGCGUCAAACCCCUCCGAUCCAAUGCUUUACUACUAGCGCAGAAGAAGAAUGGUGCAGCGAUUAUCAACGAAACUUCCCUUCAACAUUUCUCCGAUUCACCUAAACCUAAGCGGAGUCCUAGUCCGUCGAAGGGAAGUAAUGGUACUGCGUCUGAGAAGGGUAAAGGGAAGGCGUCAGCGGCCAACAGUGAUGAUGAUGGUGAUGGUGAUGGAGAUGAAGAUAGCGGAGACGAAGCUGAGAAACUGGAUGAGAGGCAGAUGAAUGAAAUCGAUGCUAUCUACGCAAAAGCUCAACAGGGUGAUAAUCGUUUAGAAGAGACCGAUCCGCCCGAUACAUUCCUAUAUACGCUCAGGCCAUAUCAAAAACAAGCUUUGACGUGGAUGAGUGCUAGAGAAAAGGGGGAUGAAAGUAUAAGGGAUAAUCAAAGCUUGCAUCCAUUAUGGGAGGAAUAUGCUUUCAAGAAAGAACACAUUGAAGGACAACCGAUUGAGAUUGAAGAUGAAGACGAUUUUGUUGAUCCGAGUCGGAAAUUCUAUUGGAACCCUUAUAGCGGAGAAUUGAGCUUGACCUUUCCUACGUCCAAUACUAGGGCCAAAGGCGGUAUCCUAGCUGAUGCUAUGGGUAUGGGUAAAACUUGCAUGAUGGCCUCACUCAUUCAUACCAAUAUCGACGCGGAUAUAUCAUCGACACCACCUCCAACUGCUCCCGAAGAUGAAGAACCUGUAUCGAAACGACCCAAGUUCAAGCAAGUCACUUUGUCCAACCAAUGGCGAGCUACACCUACUGUGCCUAAACCCGCCAAUGUCAAUUUACCCAGAGGUACAUUGGUCGUCUGUCCGGUAUCACUAGCUUCGCAGUGGCACGACGAACUCGGUAAAAUGUCAGAAAAGGGAACUAUCACAUCUUUCAUGUGGUAUGGUAAUGAUCGGAUUGAUAUCGAUAGAUUACUCUCACAAGAAGGUAAAAAGAAGGUAGAUGUGAUCAUCACUUCUUAUGGGACAUUGGCGAGUGAAUAUCAAAAAUGGAAGAAGAACAAGGAUAAACCGACCUACGAGGGUGGCAAUCUAUACGAUCACGACUUCUUGCGAAUCGUACUAGAUGAAGCACACAAUAUCAAGAACCGUACUGCUCAAGUGUCGAAAGCAUGUUAUGAGUUGAAAGGUCAGAGAAGAUGGGCCCUCACUGGUACUCCUAUCGUCAAUAGGCUGGAUGAUCUAUAUUCACUGCUACAUUUCCUUCGAUUGGAACCUUGGGGACACUAUUCCUUCUUCCGAAGUUUCGUCACUAUCCCAUUCUUGAACCAAGAUCCGAAAGCCUUAAACGUUGUUCAGUAUAUCCUAGAGUCAUGUUUACUUCGACGUGAGAAGACGAUGAGGGACAAAGAUGGUAAACUGAUCGUUGAUCUACCACCGAAGACGGUCGACAUACAAGUACUGGACUUCUCGAGGCCUGAAAGACAGAUAUACAAGCAUCUCGAAGACCGCGCCAAGAGGCGAUUCAUCCAGCUGGAUGCUGAGGGAAGAGCAAUGUCAAACUAUACGUCUAUCUUGGCCAUGCUUAUGAAACUUCGGCAGUGUGUCGAUCAUCCUUUACUAGUAUUGGGCAAAUCGACAGAAGACGAUGAAUCCACCGACAGGCUUCUAGAUGCCGAUACAGGGGACGAGAAGAAUAAUCUGAAAGACCUCAUCGCAUUGUAUGCCGGGGGUGCCAAGUCCAAAGUCAAUGAUAGAGGCGAGGAAGAAGAGGUGGACCAUGCUUUCGCUGAGAAAGUAUUGAAGGAACUGGGUGAACAGGAAACUACUCCUAUAUGCGACAUCUGCUCGAAUGAAAUGUUCGAUGAGGUCUUACUGCCUUGUUAUCAUCGAUGCUGCCAAGACUGUAUAGUCAACUGGAUAGGAACAUGCGAAGACCAGAACAAGCCCGCCUUAUGUCCGUCUUGUUCAAAAGGUCCUAUCAAGCUAUCGGACCUACGAUCGAUUCAACGUAAGCGCAAGAGGGUUAACCCUUUGACUGGUACCCACGAAGAAGGCGAAGCGGGUGUAACGAUCGGGAAGGUGAAUUUGGUCCAGAGUACGAAGUUGAGAGCGCUAGUUAGAAAACUGGAUUUGAUGAGACAGGAAGAUCCGGAAGUGAAAACUUUGGUGUUCAGUCAAUUUACAUCAUUCCUCGAUCUGAUCGAAACUACUUUGACUAAAGAGGGUAUUAGGUGGCUGCGAUUCGACGGAUCGAUGUCGCAAGCUCAACGAGCUGCCACGAUCGACGAGUUCGGCAAGAAGAUCAAAGAACCACUUGUAUUGUUGAUUUCACUGAAAGCUGGUGGAGUGGGGUUGAACUUGACAAUGGCGAACCACGUAUUCAUGAUGGAUACAUGGUGGAAUGAAGCUAUAGAACAACAAGCCAUAGACAGAGUACACCGAUUAGGUCAAAAUAAACAUGUACACGUGACUAGGUAUAUCAUCAAAGGAACGGUCGAAAAAAGAAUAAUGAAGAUACAACGUUCGAAGACUGCCUUGGUCAAUGCCUCCUUAUCUGGAGGAGCGUCGAAAGAUAAAGGAGCGAGUCUGGCGGAUAUUAAAAAGAUCUUCGGCUUGGAUGACGAUGAUAGUGAAGAUGAGGUGUAUUGA